UUCUUGUGUGAGUCAAGACGUCUAUAACACGACUGAAUUUCAGGUCAGUUGCGUCUGAUGCGCAGAUGAGUUUUGACAACAUUUCUCUCACUUCGCUUCGGCUUUAAACUGGCGGGACGGGGGCGCGCUUGAGGGGAAGGAGCGCGCAGUCCCGGGAUCAUGUUACAAUCCCAGACUUUUCAAGGGAAGUUUUUUUCUCUCCACCAGAAAAGUGGGGGAUGGUUAACGAUGGUGGAUUUCUUCAAACUUUUCAUGAGUAGAAAAACGCAACGGUAAAUAGUUUCAUAAAAACUGAUACAAACGUAGCCUGUGCGCGUUUUAUGGACAAUGAUGAGCUUUUUAGUAACACGCGGGCAAGAAAGAAAACAUAAGAAACUUUGGAACAGGCAUUUCUUUUAACGAAAAAAAAAAUGUCCGAUCAGGAAUCUAGGGAAUCUUCGCACUUAGGCAACUUUGCAUGUAUUUGAAAGCGUUGUGCGCGUAACGCGCGGCUGGAGAAAGUUUAUUUAAAACCGUUUGAUGAAACAUUGUUACAUUGUCGCGUCUCCAAGAUGUCCUCCAAACGCCUGUGCUCCAUUGUUGGAGGCUUUUGGAUGCUUUGGACCUCAAUGGCCGCCCAGGCCGUCAUCUUACACCCAAACGAAACGAUAUUCAACGACUUUUGUAAGAAAACGACAACUUGCGAAGUGCUGAAAUACAAUACGUGCCUGGGUUCUCCUUUGCCUUAUACUCACACUUCUCUGAUUCUGGCUGAAGACUCAGAAACUCAGGAGGAAGCCUUUGAGAAAUUGGCCAUGUGGUCUGGGCUGAGAAAUGCUCCUCGCUGCUGGGCUGUGAUUCAGCCAUUGCUGUGUGCCGUUUACAUGCCGAAGUGUGAAAACGGAAAGGUGGAAUUGCCCAGCCAACACCUGUGCCAGGCUACACGCACUCCUUGCAGCAUCGUUGAGCAGGAACGAGGCUGGCCUAACUUUCUCAAGUGUGAAAACAACGACAAAUUUCCUAAAGGUUGCCAGAAUGAGGUUCAGAAGAUCAAGUUCAAUACGUCAGGACAGUGUGAGGCUCCUUUGGUUAAAACUGAAAUCCAAGCCAGCUGGUACAAGGAUGUGGAGGGUUGUGGGAUUCAGUGUAACAAUCCCCUGUUUACAGAGGAUGAGCACUCGGACAUGCACAGCUACAUCGCCAUGUUUGGCUCCAUCACUCUUCUGUGCACUUUCUUUACUCUGGCCACGUUUCUUGCCGACUGGAAGAAUUCCAACCGUUACCCUGCUGUCAUCCUCUUUUACGUCAAUGCUUGUUUUUUUAUCGGAAGCAUUGGAUGGCUCGCUCAGUUCAUGGACGGAGCUCGCAAAGAGAUUGUGUGCAAAAGUGACGACACCAUGCGGCUUGGAGAGCCAUCGUCCACCGAGACGUUAUCAUGUGUGAUUAUAUUCGUCAUCGUGUAUUAUUCUCUCAUGUCCGGGGUCAUCUGGUUUGUUAUGCUCACCUACGCCUGGCACACAUCUUUCAAAGCCCUUGGCACCACCCACCAGCCCUUAUCUGGAAGAACUUCCUAUUUCCACCUUGUCACUUGGUCUAUUCCUUUCAUACUGACUGUAGCCAUUCUGGCCAUUGCAGAGGUGGACGGAGAUUCGGUUAGUGGUAUUUGCUUUGUCGGCUAUAAGAACUAUAGAUACCGCGCUGGGUUCGUUCUGGCUCCCAUUGGUGUGGUACUCGUUGUUGGUGGCUAUUUCUUAAUACGGGGGGUUAUGACGUUGUUCUCUAUUAAGAGUAACCAUCCAGGGCUACUGAGUGAAAAAGCUGCUAGUAAAAUCAAUGAGACUAUGCUGAGACUUGGUAUAUUUGGAUUCUUGGCCUUUGGUUUUGUUUUAAUCACGUUCGGCUGCCAUUUCUAUGACUUCUUCAACCAGGCUGAGUGGGAAAAAAGCUUCAGGGAAUAUGUACUAUGUGAAGCAAACGUCACCAUAGCUCAUCAGACGAACAAGCCCAUCCCAGAGUGUGCCAUCAAGAACAGGCCAAGCUUGCUGGUAGAGAAGAUCAACCUCUUCUCAAUGUUCGGCACAGGCAUCGCCAUGAGCACGUGGGUUUGGACGAAAGCCACCAUCCUUAUCUGGAAACGUACCUGGUGCAGAAUCAUUGGACGUAGUGAUGAUGAGCCCAAACGCAUCAAGAAGAGCAAAAUGAUCGCCAAAGCGUUCUCAAAGCGAAAAGAACUGCAGAAGGAUCCAGAAAAAGAGCUGUCCUUCAGCAUGCACACCGUCUCUCAUGAGGGACCUGUGGCUGGUAUCAACUUUGACCUCAAUGAGCCGUCAAUAGAAAUGUCUUCUGCAUGGGCCCAACAUGUGACAAAGAUAGUGGCUAGAAGAGGUGCAAUCUUACCACAGGACAUCUCGGUGACGCCCACCGGUACACCUGUUCCGCCUCCCGAGGAGAGAAACAAACUGUGGCUGGUCGAAGCAGAAAUUUCUCCCGAAAUGAUUAAAAGAAAGAAGAAAAAGAAAAAGCGUAGAAAGGAGGAACGACCAGUGGGUCCUGCAGAGGACGAAAGGAACCCUACCUACCACAGACGAGAAUUUGGUAACAGCGCUGUACCGCGUCUUCCAAAGUUGCCAGGUCACCGCAGCCUGGUGGCAAACCUGUGGGAGCAACAGCAGCGACGACAGCACGAAGAACAAGAUGUGCUUCCAGGGGCCUUCCCAGAAUACCGACCUUCCUGUCCUAUUCCCUACCAGGAGAGAUACGGUGGACUAGGAUACCAUUCCUCCAACCUAUGCAACAAACCCUCCAGCCUUCCUAUUGCCAAUCCCUUGACACUUAGAAAUAGCAUGCAAGAUGACUCGGAUCGCUUCCAGCAAUCAUCAUGGCAACCUAAGGGUUUUUUCCGCCACACUGGGCCGGAGACUUCUGUGAUGAAUAUUGGCAGGACUGCUGUCGUGCCACGUGGAGAGGGCAGGCGGACCGUUCCAAUACACUCAAGAACCAAUCUUAUGGAGGCUGAGCUAAUGGAUGCAGAUUCAGAUUUUUAAAUGCUUCGAGAUGUUAGUACUCAUAAAGGUGCUGGAUGCUAGGAUUUACAUGCCAAACAAUAACGUACGUGGAGCAGAUUGGGGUAUAGCCUAAAUUUUCGAAAGGAUAUACUAUUAAACGCAGACAAUAGACUACAAUCAACUAUGAUUUGGAUUUAACAGUGGGCUUUUGUACAAUUUCAUGUGUGCAAAUUCACAGUUUUGUUUGCUAUCUGGGCUUUUAUGGCAGGUGUGCCAUGGGGCUUCAAUGCAAGAAUGCCUCGCAAUUUAUUGAUCUUGGGUUAAAGAGGAAUAAUUUCUGCUCCUAAACAUAUAGUCCCACCCCAAACUCACGCCAUUGGUUGAGCCAGUGUUGCUGUUUUUUUUUUUUCUGUUAAGGACGCUUGGUUUUACGAAAAACAGGAGCUUUCUUAUCAUUCGUUUUGCUCAAUGAAGACGGACUACAGUAGGAGCCAACAGAAAAGAAGCAGUCCACAUGCUUAAAGGCGGGGUGCAUGACUUUUGAAAAACACUUUGGAGUCGGGCCGACUACCAAAACACACUUGUAGCCAAUCAGCAGUGAGGGGCAUGUCUACUAACUGACAUCAUUGCCUGGGUUGCGUAUGUGUGGGGCGGGUCUAUCAAAGAAGGUCCAGAUUCUAUUAGGAUGGGGCGUGUUUGUUUAGGUGAUUUCAAAUGCAAACAUUGGCUUUCAGAGAUCAUGCACCCCGCCUUUAAAGCCAGAGAAUGGUCAAUUUUUAAGUAUGACACAAUUUUCAUCAUCAGAAGAGUGGACGCGUACUGUGCGUACACCACCAGAUUUUUUUAACCCUGCGUACAUUGCAUUGGUCGCACAUCAUGCGUGUACAGGGGAAUGCAUUAUGUAGUCCAGGAGAUUCAUUGUAUUUUGUCUGCGUACACAUCCGAGUCAAAUAAACGAUGCUUUGAAAGGCUGUUUGUUUGACCGUUCGUGUACGUUCAUGACUUUGCGUACGCGUAAUAAACAGACUAUACUCCGAGGUUUACUGUACCUGUUUUAAAAGCUGCCACAGCUUUCCAGACCGAAAGAAAGGGAACUGACAAAUGUGGUACUUUGUUAGGGGAAAAGAGUUUAUUAAAAGUUAUUAUUUGUUAUAUUGCCUGGUGCAAUCACGAACAAGUCCACCUCUUUCAUUCAAAGAGUAAGAGAAAACACAGGGCAUUGUUUUUAGUCAAAAUAUGAUAUGAGUUGAUUGUAUGGUAGCUAAAAAUGCCAGCGGUUACUUGAGAUUACAUUUACAUUUAUUACUGUACAGCGCUCUUAAAAUACUAUUUUUGUACUUUGUUUUUCCACAAUUUUUUAUAUUAUGUCACAUUGUAAAUACUUAUUUUAGUAACUCACUCCCUUUGGAGUGAUUUCAGAAAAGUUUUGGAAAAGUUACGUAUUUGGAAUGGAAUGGAACCCUUACAAUGGUUAAUAUAGUUAAUACCCCCAAAAACACACAAUGCAAGUUGGUUAUUAAGUUAAUUGAACCGACUAUUUUAAGUGUUUGACUCGUAUGAAGUUGAAAUAACUUAUAAACCAGUUGUAAUUAUUUAACUUAAUUUGUUAAGUUGAAGUAAAACAAAAGCUUAUGUUGAUAUGAGUUUAUUUUUUUACAGUGUAGUUACUACAAAAUGAUCAUGGUUCUGCUAAAAAAAAAAAACUGGUAAAAACAUAGUUUUGUCAAUGGUAAAUAAUACCCCCCCACCAAAAAAAGACAUUUAAUAAAAAAAAAAUAUUUUACUUUGUGUGCAGUUGGUUUGAGGUGAAGUUCAUUGACACUUUUAUUAUUUUUAUUUUAAAAACUUUGCUUUGAUCUGUGUUAGUAUCAAUGGCAGUAUUAACAAAACUGCAGCUGUGCCGCAUUUUAUCGACAAACUGAAGCUUUCCUUCAAGAAUGUAUUUAAUGAAAAUGUUUGUGCUAUUUGCGAUAAUUCAUCCAAUCACUGUUGCUUUUGUUUACUUAUAAUAGUGAGUUUGCUUUAUCAAGAGCUACAAGUACAAACACAAGUCAUUUUACAUUACAUUACAUUACAUACUCUCUUGUGUCAGUAUUUUUGCGUGUUUGUGUAGAUCUUCCUCUGUGGGUCUCAUUUCAAUGUAUAUAUUGUAGUUCGGACACACAAUGAAAUAAUAUUUUUAUGCACCAUGUACCCUUGAAGCUUUGCCACCUAAAAUGAGUUUUAUCAUGUUUUCAAUUUCAUGUCACCAUGAGAAUAUUUUUUUUUUGUGUAUAAAAACACAGUUCAUCUCCACACCACAUAAGGCGAUGUUUAUUUUAAAACGGUAUUAAGAUCUAAGGUAUAGAGACAAGUCUUAACGUUUGAUCAAUAUAGCUGUCAGUGUUUUUAAAAAAGUGGUCAUAUUUUGUAAGUAGUUUAUACAAAUAAACACAAAAAUUAUU